UCGUAACACUACGCACGUUCGUCGAAUCGUUUGAGAAACUCGGCGUCAAAUUGGUGUUUUUCGUCGGAGGUGUGAACGUUGAGAAGAAACGUCAAACGUGGCGGAAUCGCAAGGCGAGAAAUUUACAAGAUACGCUGGAAUUGUGCGAUUUUCUCGAGAAAGGAUUGCAUACGCAAUAUAUUCCGGAGAAAUACGCCGCAUUACCAGCUUCGAUAGAUGUAAUCGCUUCGAUGUUGUUGAAACAUGUUUUGAAUUGCGAAGUGCAUAUGACGAUCGAGGAAUGCAACGAAGAAAUCAUCCAAUACGUGCAUGAAAACAAAUGUAUGGCGAUUUUCACCCAAGACUCUGAUUUCAUCGUUAGCGAUGUUAACAAAUGCAAAGUAUUAUCUUCGAAAAAAUUCAACCCAAGAAACAUGACUACUCUGCAAUACGAUCGUGAAGCAUUGGCCUCUUUAUUGAAUAUCAGAACCGAUCAAUUACCUUUUUUGGGAAUUUUGGGGGGAAACGAUUUCAUGGAUUAUGAAACCUUGAGGGUUGUCCAUCGUUCAUUAUGCGGUGUAGGUUCAAGAAACGCUCCAUAUCACAUUAUGAUGCCCGCCAUUGGUCGAUAUAUCCGAACACUAUCCAACCAGCCAAUUGACAAAAUAUUAGAAACAAUUUGCUACAAGAUAUUCGGAAGUAAAUCAUCGUUAGACCUGGUGAAAUGUUUGUACAACAGUUACUUGUGGCAAAAGAAACGUGACGAUCUUGAGAUAACGAACCUGCCUACCAAAUGGUCAGAAAUCUUGAACGUAGCUCGAGAUCGACAUAGAAACGUCGUUGUACCAGCUUAUAUCUGGGGAAUAUUGAAUGAUAGAGUUUUCGAGCAAGGGGUAACAGUCGAAGACCUCAGGAAGCCUUCCAGUCAGCAAAUGCUUAGCAUUACGGUCACACGAUUGCUACGUCAAAGAAUAUAUGGCGUAUUAUUGAAGGAGUACGAGCAUUUGAUCAAUACCGAUGUACAGAUCGAGGAAUGGUGCGCUGAGAAUACGUUCAGUUAUGAGAAGCCAGUGUUUGUAAAACCUAUAGCACCUACAGUUGAACAUCCUGGACUGCUUCGAUUGUGGAGUGAUGAUAAGAGCGACGAAGUCGGCGAAAUGAAAUGGAGAUUAUUUUUAUCGUGUGUUUCUUCUCGACUAAUCUCGAUUGACGAUUGGCGUUUAUUGACUGCCGACUUGGUUGCUAUUUCAGCAACAUUAUUUUAUCUUAUCGAACAGAAAUUCAUCGACGAAGACGAAUGCAAUGCGAUUAUCGCUACUGUAGCCACGUACUCGUUGUACAGCAGGGAAAAACUGAUCGAUUUAGAUUAUGGCGUUCAUAAUCCAAGAUGCACACAUAUUAGCAUAUGUGUGAUAAGAACUUUCGCGUUUGUAUUGACAGCGAUGGCUGCUUGUGGAUAUCCGGUGCCUCUUUCCGGUGAAUUGGUUUACUUGAAAUUCGAAGCCAAACUUUCUCAAAUUAAAUUCAAGGAAAUGAAAAAAAAGAAGAGCAUCGAAGAAAUGUGUGAAAAGAACGAUAAAUGUAUCGAAUUAUUCAAUCAGAUGAAAAAGGUCAUCAAUCCAGUUUUUCAAAAAGGCUCUGUUGUCGAACCAGAAGGCAAAAGUUCUGAAAAACGUGUUGAUGAUGGAGACAAGCAGUCUGAAGGAGAAAAAAUCGCAGUAAAAUUGGCGCAAAUGAAAGUACUGUAAUGUAAUACUGCAUAAUAUUUUACUCAAAUGUUUUAUUUUUAAGUUUUAUUGGAAAAUUUUUUCUACAAUGUGAGUUUUUAUAGUUAGUUGUUUUUAAUUUUUUACGCAAUCGAUUGCGAUUGAUCAUGUUCAAGUUGAUGGUUUGUAAUUUGAGAUAGGUACCUAUCUAAUAUCUAUACAAUUUACAAUACUCUUUUUUUCUACAAAACAGAUAAACCAUAUUUUCUUCAUUCAGUGGCAGUCUUCUUCUUUAAUUAAUUUUAUUCUGGAGACUCGAUUUAUACUCGUAUUGCUCGGUUCUCAAUCGUCUUUUGAAUGAAAAAAAGCGACAUUUUUUCAAUAGUCGAAGGAGUUGCCUACUUACAGCAGUAUCUCAUCUUCCCUACACUCACCACGGGCAGUGAUGCUGGAUGGACCAAAGCACGCAACAAUGCGGGAUAGGCUGAACUUGAUCCUCAAGGCAAGGUAUAUAGCUGACCCCGCACCCGCAGACAGGUCAGUUAUAACUUUGUACGAGUGUAAAAUUUACAACACUCUGACUAAUUGUUAGCAACAAAAAAAAUGGUACAUGACUUUUCAUUUCUAGAGUCUAGACCUGCGCAAAUUAAGGGGAAAAUUUAAGAAAUCGACUUGAAAAUUAAAUUUUACAUUUAUUUGGCUAACUAAAUUUUGAACAUUUGGCCCUUUGGGAACCGCAAUUGUGUUUUGCAAUUCUUUCAGGGGUUGAAAACUGAAAUAAAUUAAUUUUUGGUUUUUGGUUUUAGUUCAGUUUUCACCUUUUGAGUUUUGAUAAUUGGUUUUUGGUUUACAGUUUUUCUGUUUUUUGAUACUUUUAUUUUGGUUUUUUGCCUUAUGGGAGUGGACGCUAAUUUUUUGGAGGACAUAUUUUAACACUCGCGUCAAGAUGUGACAAAAAUAAAAUGUGUUAAUCGUUUAGUAAUUAAUGUUGAAAAAUAGCUGAAAGAACGUAGUUUCUAAAAAUACAUAUAUUAUUGUUUCUUACUUUAUAGUUAUCUGAUUUCUUCAUUGAGAAAAAAAAUAUUACCGCGCCUCAUAGCAAUCUCAUAGCCAGUGCCAGAGACUGCCAGUACACAUAUUAUUUUGAAUGAUGACUUUUAAGUUUUAAAUUAAAUUUAAAAUUUUAAUUUUUUAUAUUAGUGUCGCAUCGAAGAAACGUCGCAAUUGUCGCAAUUUCACACAUUUCUUUUUUGGAACGUCAACGCGCCCGAGUCUACUUCACGUUUACUUUACAAAAAAAAAGUUUCAAGAAAAUAAACUGAUAAAAAAAAUUUUAUGUGUUUGUUUUCAAUUUUUCAUAAUUGAUCUGAGCGAAAAAAUUGUGCAUGAAUGUGAAAAUUUGUUCCAAAUAUGGAUUUGACUGCCUUAUUAAAUGCCGAAAUAGCGAAGAAACGCAAACUUCUCGAAGAAAAUGAUCUCAUA